CCAUGAACACUUCACUCGUUGUUCUCCUAGUUAUACUUUGCCACGUAGUUGAGUGCAUCGAAGAGCAGUCGAACAUUGCCAAUCUAGUGGAUGAGAUCAUCACCCAACUGACGCGUUCUGAAGCUGGCAGCCAUGACGUGGUCUUCGCAGGUCUUGAAGAUCCGAUUCUGGAAGGCGCCUUUCGAUCGCUUUCCUCAAGAAGUGAAGUAACGUUCCAGUUGCUGCAAAAUGGGCACGAAGCUGGAUCGUCAUCGAGAAAGAAAAUUUCACUUCUUCUUGUAGACUGCGCGAGUUUUAUUAACUUGCAAGUGUUUAGUGCUUUGAUGAAAAAUAUCGCAAAAUCGGGCUUGUGGCAGCCGAAGACUAAAGUGGUUGUUUUUAUGCGAAAUGAUCGGUCAAGUUUGAUGAAAAUUUUUGGUAACAUUUUAGCAAGGUUUGGCACAAAAAGUGUUAAAUUUGUGGAAUAUAAUGAUCAUUUCAUUCACUGUUAUUCGAUGAAAAUGUGUAACACUGCUAUUGAAUCUGUAAACAACACAACUUAUGACGUUUUUGAGCAAAAUUUUGUCAAUGUGAAUCAAUAUCUGUUUAAGAUUCAUUUGAAUCCUUCGAUUCCUUUCCAUCACUACGUGAGUGAGUCAAAGGCAAAAGGGAUUGAUGUUGAAAUCAUAGAAAUGAUCAUUAAACACCUGAACGGAUCUGUUAGGUAUUACAAGAAAUUGGGAGAUAUUAAUGAUGAAAAGCGUCCAAUUGAUAUGUCAUUGCAAUAUUUUCGAGAAGUUCUUAAAGUUGAUACAGUUUUUCUGCCGAACCACGAACAUCUGUGUAUCACUGUUCCAAAAGUACAUGAAAGAAUGAUGUUUCUUCAAUUAUUUAGGCCAUUUACUGCUGAAGUAUGGAUGUUUGCAGUCGCUGUUGCUUGCUAUCAUUUAGUCUUAAAACAUCGGAUUUUGAAAUCAGUUAAAAUCUUCAACUCCAUUAAAGAGCAUAUCAAAUUCUUCUCCAUAGCAAACGAAAUAUUCAAUUUCAUUCUAGUUGAAGCUUACCUUGCCAAAGUAAUAACAUUUCUUGCAACAAUGCAGUACGAGCCAAAUCCACGAUCCAUAGCUGACCUGAAUCGUCUCAAGCAAGCAUUUAUCGUGAACAAACAAGAGGCUUCACUUCUCAUCAAUUACCCAAACUUAAAGUUAUUACAUAAUUCAAACAGAAGUCCCGACUAUCUGGAAAAAUAUUCAACAGUUGUGUACUGCAAAAUAGCCGAGUAUUUUUUUCACAGUGAUGCAAACUUCAACCAGGAGACAAACGAUGCAAAAGUUUUCAUUUUGGAAGAACGGCCAGCGUCGGUGAUGAACUUUUACACAUUUCCCAGAUUUAGUCCGUUUACCGCGAUGUUUCAGGAAUAUAUCAAUCGAAUUGCGGACACAGGAACUUGGAGCAAAAUUUACAAUCAGUGGUCAACCUCGCCAGAUCAAUUUGAAACGUUCUUCGAGACCAGUGAACGGGUGAUCAAAUUUGACGAUAUGGUAUCCUUUUGGGUGGUAACUAUUGUAGCUUACUUGAGUUGCAUUUUUGUUUUACUGUGUGAAGUUUUUCUUAUCAAAUAUUGGAAAAUGAUAAACAUUUUCAUGAGGCAAAGGAUCGUGCGUAUGAAGUAAAAUUUACUAAAUUUGUAUAUCA